ACACAAAAUAUUUGAAGAUCUUUAUUCUUAUAUUCCAUCUUUUUUUUCCCUCCUUUCUCUCUUCUCCUCACAAUCCUUCCUCCAUCCACAAAUCCAAGAAUCCAAAACCCACAAUCUAAGAAAACCCAAGAUUUUCUUUUUCAUUUCCUUGCAUUCACGUAUUUCUUUAAUAUUUUCUAGACCAAAAAGAAAAACCAUUGAUUCUAAUCAUCUUUAUUACAAUAUUUCUCUCCUAUCUCCUACAGGCCAUAACGACGUGGUUUUGAAUCGUAAUGGCUACCCGACUCAUAUCCUGCUUCGGAAAAUCCGGACGGUCGUCGAAAAGCAAUAAAAACGACGCGGCAGCAACGGCGGACGAGGCGGUGGAGGAGCAAAGGAGAGGAGGAGACGGCCCCGUGUUGGUGGAGCUAUUCUCAUCUCAAGGAUGUAAGACAUCCCCGGAAGCAGAGCUUCUUAUAUCUAGAUUGGGCCGAGGUGAUUUUAAUUUGGAUCGACCCGUUAUUGUAUUGGGCUUCCAUGUGGAUUAUUGGGAUUAUAUGGGUUGGAAGGAUCCAUACGGGUCAAGUCAAUGGACUGUUCGACAAAAGGCGUAUGUUGAGUCUUUACAACUUGAUACCAUGUUUACCCCUCAAAUUGUGGUACAAGGUGGGGCCCAUUGUGUUGGUAAUGAAGAGAGUAAUCUUCUCUCUAAUAUUGCUGCUGCUCCUAGAUUUCCUUCACCUAAUUUUCAGGCAGACAUGAAAAGACCAACAACAGAAACCUUGGAAGUUUCGCUAUCAGGACAAGUUCGGAUGAAGAUAGACCAUCAGGGAGCAGACAUUAUGGUGGCAUUGUACGAGAAUGGUCUAGUCUCAGAUUGCCCAAAGGGUGAAAACAAAGGCCGAGUCCUAUCUAAUGACUUUGUCGUUAGGAGACUCGAAAAGCUAUGCUCCAUCAAAGACACUUCCUCCAAGAAGAACAUCUCUGGGACUAUCAACUUCACGCUAUGGGACAAUUUCAACAGCCACAAGUGUUGUAUGGCUCUGUUUGUACAACAGAACUCCUCCCAUCAUAUCUUUGGUUCUCAGAAAUUCGACCUUCCUAAUGAUCUCUGAUUUUCUAAGACCAACUUCCAUGCCCAUUUUGUUCUUUAAUUUGCUCAUAUUGUGACUAGGAGAUGUGUUGUUUUAAGGAUAUAUUCGAAACAUGAUGAUGAUCCUAAUUCCUAAGCCAUACCAACAGCUGGUUUUGUACAGAGUUUCUAUCAUUUGGGUUUAGACUAUGUUUUAAUAUACCCUUUCCGCCUUUCGGUUGGUUUUGUACCUUUGAUAGUCUGCUGCAUUAUGCUAUGUGCAUAUGUUAAGUACGAAUACAUGAUUUGCGUAUUCAUGUUUAUUUUUCUCCCCAGCUUCUAAUAAUUAGCACUUGUUGUUUUGUUCA